AUGUCUCGUACUAACAUUAACAUGGAUACAAGACACGCACACUCUGCUCUACUGGCAGCGCCACAGAAUGCAGCAGCAGACAGCAGCAGUGACAGCAGCGGCAGCAAUAACAAUAUCAAUGUCGGCGUUGGUGACGAUAGCGGUAAUGUCAGUGCGGUAAGUAUCGACGAUGGACCCCAUUUCAGGGAUAUCUUCCACUACGAACACGAGGGAAACUAUAAACUCGCAAGCAGCGGUAUCACUAACCUGAAUUCUUCUUCCCACGCUCAUCAAACUUUGUCUCCCAUAUCCAUCAGCAAUGCGUCCACUCCGGAAAGUUUCCCUGAGCACACUUUGGGCUUAGAACAGGAAUCAGAGCCGGCUUUGGGAGCAGAAGGGGGAGAGAGAGCACUACCACCACAUCAAAGCAAAUACCUUUUGAGCUCCAUUAAGGCUACUAAACGAUUAAAAGAUGCUAAACCGUUUUUAAAGCCGGUUGACCCUAUUGCUUUAAACAUCCCGCAUUAUUUCAACUUUGUUCAAACCCCAAUGGAUUUGUCUUUAAUUGAAAGGAAGUUGCAGGGUAGCGUUUAUAAUUCAGUAGAGCAGGUCAUAUCGGACUUCAAAACAAUGGUGGAUAAUUGUUUAAACUUUAAUGGUCCAGAAUCUUCGAUCUCUUUGAUGGCUGAAAAGAUUCAAUUGUAUUUUGAAAGAAAGUUAUCUGCAAUGCCACCAAGAGUUUUACCCGUUUCUGCUUUGAAGAAGACAAGUAGAAGCCGGAAGAAAAACGAGGAUUCGGAUUCUCCUCUUGUCAUUAGACGUUCAGUUAGUACGACUAUUGACAAUUUGGGUGAAAGUGGAAAUCGAGAAGGCAUCAGUGGUGGUAGACCCAAAAGAGCUAUCCAUCCACCCAAAUCAAAGGAUUUAUUUGAUAUAUAUGAAGACUCCAAACCUAAGUCAAAAACUCUACAGAAAAAGUUCAGGACCUGCCUGAAGAUACUGAAGAUUUUGAUGAGUAAAAAAAACUCAGACAUAAAUUUUCCCUUUUUACAACCUGUUGAUCCAAUUGCUUUGAAUUUACCAAAUUAUUUUGAUAUUAUCAAGAAUCCAAUGGAUUUGGGUACAAUAUCAAAUAAUUUGAUGAACUGGAAAUACGAAACAAUUGACCAAUUUGUCAAUGAUCUCAAUCUUGUUUUUAAUAACUGUUUCCAAUUCAACCCAGAAGGUAACGAAGUCCAUUCGAUGGGAAAAAAAUUGAAAGAGCUUUUCAAUUUCCAUUGGUUAGAGAACCAAAAUGUUUUAAAUGAAGUUGAAACGGAUUUAGAUUUUGAAGAGGAUGAUUAUUCUUCUUCAUAUUCAUCAUCAGAUGAAUAUGAUGAUGAAGACAUAAAUGAAAAUGAUAUAACUAAUCCGGCUAUUCAAUAUUUGGAACAAAAGCUGAAGAAAAUGGAGGUUGAAUUGCAACAAUUAAAAAAGCAAGAGUUGAGUAAAUUAUCAAAUAAAAGAAGGAGAAAGUAUCUAGAAAGGACGGUUUUGCGUAGAAAGGUAAUGAAACAUUCAGUUGACGAUUUGAAGAAGUUCAUUACUGAUAAUAUCAAUGAAUUAAGUGAUUUGGAAAUGGAUGGGAUGGUUCGUAUUAUCAAAAGCUCAUUGCCUGAGAAUGAAAUACUAACUCCCAAUGAAGAUGAAAUUGAAAUUGAUUUGGAUAUUUUGGAUGAAGGGACUAUUGCAACAAUUUACGAGAGUUUCUUUGAGAAGAAAAACAAUGGCAGUAUCAAAAGAAAAUUUAAUAGUGGCUACUCAGCGGGGCAGGCGAACAAAAAGAAAAAAACCUUGAAGUUUUUAGAAAAGGACGAAAUAAUAAAUAAUAAUAAUUAUUCCGAUUCUGAUGACGAUAGCAGCGAUAAUAGCGACAGUGACAGUGAUUAA